AUGAAAAGCUGGGGGAUUCUAUACCUUAUCAUUUUUAUUGCCUUAAAAGAAGCACAGUCAGCGAAUCUUCGAAUAGUGGGGCCUGUCUACUUCACUCAAGAUAAUGAGAUGGCAGUGGACCCUAAGGCCCCAUUGCCACCUGGGGUGGUGAGGGCCCGGGUGCAGGAAGGGGUCCCUCCUCCGCUCUGCGCAGGCAGAUGUGCCUCACCACCAGCCGGACCCGUCUGCGCCUUCGAUGCUACAGGAACAGCUAGAACAUUCGCCACUCUCUGUGAAUUGGAAGCUGUUUCGUGUCGAGAAAGUACAUAUUACGCUAUCACAGGAUUGGGGGAGUGUUGA